AUGCAUCAACAAGCUCGACCCGCCCCGCGGGUCUCCUCCCCCGCUUCCUCUCCUCAAACGAACCCGUCCCGAACGAAUAACCCGAGAGAAGCAAUACUAGGUGCUCGCGCAAGAGCAUCGUCCGAAACCUCUGGCCGAGAAUCUGCCGUUGCCAGCUCCUCGACCGCUGAAACUCCUCCGGGCGCUGGUCCUCCAGCCGACGCCGUUAAGAAAUUGGACCAGAUCAUCCAGAACUUCCACACCAAGGCCGCUUCAGUCGUCCUCCAAUCGCGUAUAGAUCUGAAGCCAGCAUACCACACUCGCGGGCCUGGGAGCAAGAAGCUGAAUAAAUGGUUUCAAAUUGAGACCGAAGAGUUCGACGACUUCAAAGACGAGCUGCGCGUCUGGAGGAACUGCGGCGGCUUCGAGAAUACACCACCGCCUCUGAUUAUUGAGACAUACCUCGACACUUCGCGCCUGACCCCGAGCCAGAGUCUGGUUAUUGUCGACGAAAAUGGGAAGAGAUGGGAUGUUAUGGAGGCUUUAAAUUCGUCCGAGAGUGACGACGGUCGUCCCACGCCUGCCAAGAGGAAUACAGAAGUCAUCUUGGAGAGAUGGCGCAUCGAGUUGAAAACGAUACCAACCAACGAUCUUGAUGACUUUGGUCCAACAUUACCUACCAUUUACAAGAAGAGCAUUGUCUUCUUCCGUUCGCUCUACGCUGCGGCAAGAAUUCUUCCAGUUUGGAAAUUCUCGCAACACUCGCUGGGCAAAGGCGUUCACCCGUCGCUAGAGCCGCGGUGUCGCAUUCGAACCGGCGAGCCAGAGAGUGAUGGCAUCGACCGGCUUCGGCAUCCGCUAUAUGACGGCCGCCCGGAUGUCGUGACCGAUUACGUGUUUGGCGACUUGGAAAUUCCCGUGGGCCGCUUCUAUGCUUCAGUAACAUACAGGAAUGAGUGCAACUUCCGGGUGGAUGAUUCUGAGUCGCUUUUGAGCUCUCGCUUCAUGGGCGUGGAUGAGAACUUCUUUAAGCCGUCGCUACCUCAAAGGAGAGAAAGCAGAAGAAUCGACCCUGAAAUUGGGUCCCUUCCAUCGCAUCGUCGCAGCCGGAAUCUGUCAGACAUACACCAGACAUAUGGCAGUCUUUCAACCUUUCACGGCGAUGGUCCUUUGGGCACCAGCCCCAUAUCAGCCUUGAAAGCCGUGCGAGCUCCUGGGUCCGACACAAGUUCACCGCCAGAAUCCACCCCUCCAAGUAUCGAGCCAAAUCCACCAAGCUCCUUACCUGUCUCCGGUUUGGCAGCAAGACCAUCCAUCAAGGGCUUCAGCAGCACUGGCCGCCGACCAUCUGUUUCAUUUCAGCCUUUCAAAGCAGGUUCCCUCUCCGGGUCGCCUGUGCCCCGUACGUUGGAUUCCGAGUCACCAGCAUCCCCAGCAUCCCGAGCUGCUGCUCUGAACGCGCUCAACCAACCCCGCAACCGCAGAUCACUGACAGUAGGUAUGCCUGCUUCUCUGCGCGGCGGCCCUCAACCCGGCGAUGCCCCGGUUCUGGGCUCUCCUCGACCCUCAUCGACCAGUCGUUACAGCAGCAGCUUCACCCAUCGCAAGGGGAAGCUAUCCUACGGCGGUCCCAGCAGGACAGGCGAUGACGAGCAAAGCAGCAGUGGCCGCCAAAGCCUCUCGUCGUCCGUGGCCCAGCCUGGCUCUGGUCUUCUUGCUGAAGCAGGAGCGGGCGGUAGCUCCGGAUCACUCCAAACAGACGACGACCAGAUCUCUGAAUUCUUGAAAGCGUUGGACAGCAAGAAGACGCUGAAAAGCUUCGAGCCCAGCAAGAAGGGCGAAUGGGCAACAAACCGGACUGUUGCUCAGCUGUCCAGAUUCCACAUGAUGAAAGAGUCCAACAACGCGCUCACAGAUUCCAUGACGUCUUCAAUGCAGAUGCAUCGAUCAUCAAGCUCUUCUAGCCGGCAAUUGUCGAAUGUGCCGAGCAUGGCCGCGCCAGCGUCAGUUUCAGUGUCGUCCUCACCAGGAAAGCCUCUUUCCCCCCACACGCCGCACACCCCAGCCGUACCUUCCCGUUUGAGUGAAAACUCGAUCAUCAACUACAACACCAGUCAGCCCCGCAGCGAGCGUGGGAAUGCUAGUGGCGACACAACGCAGAUGCCCAGGGAAGACACCAUCACUCAAGAUGGCACCACUGCAAUUGACAUUCCCAUCUCUCCGAGGAUCGGCAUACACCCGAGACGUUCAAGCUCUGUUGCGCAGCAAAAUCGGGCAUUAGCAGAUGACGACGAUGGCGAUCUCGCGUUUGCGGCCAACCGCAGCAUCAGCUUAGGUGCAGAAGACCGCGAGCCACCGACGCUCAGCAUGCUCCUGGGCAGACAAACAGAGGCGGAAUCGUCUUCUCGACGAGAGGGGGCAUCUUUGCAGCCAAGCGGCGACAUACAGUCUUCAGGCUCGGCGGACAUGAUCAGGCAAGGCUCUUCUGAAGGAUCCAAGCCACCAGGUGGCCUGAUGGCUGUUGCACCGUCCAGCUCGCCCUUUGGCAGACGCCGGUAUGCCGGUAUGGGAUCAACAGGCGGCCGCGGGCAAACACCUCCUCAGUCAUCACGAGGUAGUUUUACGGGAUCCAGCGGGCGUUACGGGCGCGGCGAACAUGACCUUAUGGACGAAGAGCCUCUACUUUUCGAUAUGUCGGAAAUGGACGCGCAGUCACGUCGAAGUUUGGAGGAAGGCCGGGGUGGAGGCAACGUGGGAUCUGGCUCGGGAAGCCGCGGCGAUUUUGAACCUCGUGGCAUCAGCCGAAGAGGAUGGUGA